GUGAGUGGCAGUCCGCAGUGCCAGACUGUCCGUCGGGUGGAUCGCCUGUCAAUAUUUCUCCACAUUUAUUUUUCUUCUUUCUCGUCAGUUUUUCCCCUUCAGCGAUGGAUCUCAAGAAGCUUGCGGGUCAGGCAGGACAGUUUUUAACCCGUGCCGUCCAGUACACAGAGGAGAAGAUCGGCAGUGCAGAAAAGACAGAGCUUGACCGGCACUUUGAGUCCCUGUCCCUGCAGGCAGAUGCAGCGAGGCAGUGGACCGAAAAGCUGGUGAUUGGAGCUGAGGCUGUGCUCAUCCCCAACCCAGGGAACAGAGUAGAAGACAUGAUCUUUGAGAAGAUUGAAAAGCGCCGUCCAAACAGGCUAAGUAACCUGGAGUACUUAGGAUUGGACAUGGUGCAAGCUGGGAAUGACUUUGGCUCUGGGACACCUUAUGGUUCUGCUCUACUGAAAGUAGGUGGAGCUGAGCAGCGGCUAGGACUGUUGGAGAGAGAGUUUGUGAGUAAUGCCAUCCAGGGCUACCUUCAGCCUAUGAGAAAGUUCCUAGAUACAGAGAUGAAAACAAUUACCAGGGAGAGGCGACUUUUGGAGACUAAGAGACUUGAUCUUGAUGCAUGCAAGAGUCGGCUCAGGAAAGCUCGUUCAAUGGAUGGUCAGUCAUCGCAUAAGGAUGCUGUGGAUCCCAAAGUGUUGGUAGCUCAGCUUCAGGCAGAACAGGAAUUGCUAGAAGCUGAAGCAGAACUGAGGAAGGCUCAGGCAGAUUUUGAUCGUCAAACUGAAAUAACAAAGUUGCUUCUGGAGGGUGUGAGAUCCUCACAGGCUGCUCACUUGCGGCAUCUCAAUGAACUGGUGGAGGCACAGGCGCAGUACUAUGAGCAAUGCCAGAAGGUGAUGACUGACCUGCAAAAGGAAAUGGCCAGUGUCCCCUUCAACCCCUCGGCAGUGGGAGCUUUUGACAACAGUGUCCCAGUUUUCCAAAUAAAUGAUGAAGAAAUUGACUUAAAAUCCCCCUCUUCACCAUAACCCACCCCAGCCUUCCCUACAUAAUCAGGAAUCAGCUGAUCCCUCUUUCCUGCUCCUUCAGCCACUGAUGAUUGUCCCAUUCCUGUCUGUCUGUUUUGUUAGUGGUGUUUCAUGCACUCAUGUUAUGUCUUGGUAGAACAGAAUGUUGAGCUAGGGCUGUUAAGUGACCAGUGAACUGCAAAGUACAUUGCCUGUUAGGAUUAGAUCCACAUGAUGCCUUUAUUGAUAGGGGUAUAUAGUGGCGUGAAUGUAAAUAAUGCAGAAUAGAAAGAUUAUUUUAUGGUGCAAUUGUAUAGGAGUCAUAGAAAUUAUCUAUAUUGCCUGCCUCUUCUUGCAGUUGCUUUAUUUUCAUUUUUGUUGCUUUGAGAGCAGUCAUAUGAUGACUAUUAUUGGCUGAUCCCAUUGACUGUUAUAACAUAUCAAAAUGUAUUGUGAUAUGAAAAUAAGUAUCUUGUUGAAUAUAAAACAUUACUAAUUUUGAACCAGUAAUUCUAAGUUUAAUUUCAACAGAAGAAAAGCAACAAAUGCAUGGCUACAGGUAUUAAUUUGUUUCUUUGUUUUAUUUUUUGCUACAUGUAGACCCUAUAAAAACUUGCCAUUCCUAACCAGUUUCUUGUAUUUAUCAUGUGGACAGUGCAUUUAGUGAGUAUUGAAUAUCUAGAAUAAGACAAAGUCCAUCUAAUAAUAUUGAUGUCAAGACAUCUUACCAGAAUGCUGCCAUUUAACAGCUAUUUAGUUAGCUAUAAUCCAGUAGCAUUAAUCCAGUGCUACUGACUAUUAAUAUUCAUCAGAACUAUGAUCAGGACUGCCUCUAGCCAGUCUCACUGUGACUGAUAUCACAUAGGUUUACUCCAGUAGUGGCACCAUUCAUUAAUAAGAGCAGUCCACAUCACCUCUGUUCUCAAGAGGACUCUGUGCUCACUAACGUUGGAGAUUGUGGUCAUUGCUGUAUUUCAUCUUUCAAGCAUUAUUGCCAGUAGUCUCCUAGAAGCAACUUGGUUGCAAAAUAGAGCAUGAAACAGGAACUGGCAAGUUACAAUAAGAUCCUCAUCCAUAACACUAUUUAGGGAAUAGUACUGAGGAAAAGUCCAAAGUGGCUGCAGAUAAUAUAAGAAACAUCUCUCAGUCUUAGGAAAGCACCUAUUCUCUGUUGUUUUGUUGUGAAUGGGAAAAUAUAUGUCCAGCAAGUGUGUGUACAUACAAACUUGUUAGUCUUCUAUAACACUUCUGUUAUUUGUUGUUUGAAUCUUUGUUAUGAAUAUUCUGAUGUUACUGUGAUGUGUCAACUUCCUGUAGUACAGUAUGGAUAAUGAAUUGUCUAGUGUACUACACUUUCCAAAGUACGUAUUACCAUAAAAAAGUGUAGAAAUUUGUUGAUGAUAGUCAAUAUAAAUUUUGAUGCAUUGUUACUAUUUGUCUGGUUAAUGGUUAUAAAUACUGAUCGUAGUUACAUAACUGAACUUAUUUAUAUUAGAAAUUUACUGUACUUAACCACAACUAAACCCACAUUGCAUAGUCUGCAUUCUUCCAUAGUUGCUACUGUUGUAUUGUACCAAAAACUCCUCUUUGAGCAUCACCUGUAUGGAUUGGCAUGCCAUAUAUCCGGGGCCAUCUGUUUGUUGAAUAUCACUCUAUAGAUAUAUGAUUUACCUAAAGUAAUUGUUUCACAAUUUCUGUACUUAGAAUUGCAAUAAUGACCAAAGUUGUCCUUUGCCUCUCCUUCACCAAGUGAAAUAUUUUCUUUAGUUUUUCAAUGAAUAGCUAUUUAACUUGAUGCAUUUGUUACUGGAUGUGAUGAAUGUAGAUAAUAAUCAGGAUGACACACUUAAUUAACAAAAAAAACGAUCAGUAUCAACAAAUUAGUUUCAGUGUAUAUAUAGGCUUCUUCAUGAAACUAUCAGAUAAUGCCUUAUGCUGCAUAUCCAACUUAAUGAAUCUCAUCAUAAAGGGUCAGUGAAGAACAGUACAGUUUGUAUGUGUGUGUGUGUGUAAUUCACCUCACCUCGGUCGCCUGCUGGUCACCCAGCCAGUCUUCCCCAUUACGGAGCGAGCUCCGUGUGUGUGUGUGUGUGUGUGUGUGUGUGUGUGUGUGUGUGUGUGUGUGUGUGUGUGUGUGUGUGUGUGUGUGUGUGUGUGUACUUAGUUGUUGUAUUUACCUUGUUGUAAUAUGCAAGAAGUGAGCCAUGACUGUUGGAUCAAGUCUCAAUAUUUUGUGUUAUCAAGUUUCUCCUUGAACUAAUGAAUGUUUCUGGCAUGAACUAUCUCCCACUCAAGGUCAUUCCAUGCAUCAGAAUGUCUGUAUGAGAAAUGGAACUUUUGUAUAUCCCUUUUGCAUAUUGCCUUUAGUUUCUUUUUAUGCCCUCUUGAUUCUCUAGAGUUCCACAAACAAGUCAUUCCUGCCAAAAGACUAAUUUAUUCAUUGCUUUGUACGUAUAUCAUUAUCAAGCCACUUUUCUUCUUUUCUGGUCAAUGAUUUAUAUUUCUUUUGUGAUUUUGUUUGAAUGCUUAUGUUAGGAUAAGGUAUUAUGAAUCACCACUCCUGGAUCCUUUUCCUGUUUUGAUUUUUAUUUCUGAUUUUGUAAUUUUAGCUUUGUUGUUUAGAACUUAUCCUCAUCUUUGUAACUUUGCACUUUUUGGUGUAAAAUGUCAUCUCCCUCACCUUGUUCUAUUCACAAACUAUAUUUGCUUUCUUUGGCUUUUGAUAGCCAGUUACCUCAUCAAUCCACUAGUUACUUCUCCCCUUUUACCCAUUCACAUAUUUGUUAUCUUGAUACCAGUAUCAUGUGGCUGUCUCUUAAAUGAUCUUCUAUCCAUCUCCUUCAAUUCUGGACAAUUUUUUUUUACACUCGUAUAAGAAGGAGGGUUCUCACUAGAAUUUCAGUCCUUUGGACGUCAGACAUGCCAUCAAACAUCUUGUAACACUUUCUAGCAAAUGUUGUUGCCAGCACAAUAGCUGUUUUCCAGCUUGAGCAUAGUCAAUGUGUUGCUGUCUUCUGAGUUGCUCUUGAUGAAUGCCCAUAGAGAAACUGUAAGAUUCAAAUCAGGUUAAUUGCAGGGCCAGUCCUUCUGAAAUGAGUUGAUGUUCUCUUUCAUCCAGCUCAGUAUGGCACUUUCUUGGCAUGAAACACCAUUGUCUAUGAGUCAGUGCAUCUUCUCAAAGUUAUUCUCUAGGUUGUCAUUAAGCAGUUCACUGUAUCUGUCUAUGUUCAGUUGUAUUUCAUGGUAACACAAGGCUGCCAGUCCCUUAGUAUCCAAAGCAGCCCCAAACCAUGAGCCUACCUGGAAAUUUAACAAUUGGAAUGCAGUACUUUAGGUUAAGAGCCGUUGCAUAUAAUGAAAUAGCUUUAAUAUAUCUACUUUUAUCAGAAAAUCCAGAUUAUAGUAGAUCAUUCUGCGUUCUUUUUCAUAUUUUAAUUGUGUUUCUACAUGUUACAGUAAGUCUGCUCCUUGAUCUUACCUAAUUCUUUUUAUUACUUCAUUAUUUGUCCAUUAAACUCUUAAUUGCAUCUUUAUUAAAGCACAUCUAUCUAUUUCACCCCUAAAUACAAAACCCCUGCAAAAAUUUUAAAAGUUCCAUAGCUUUAUCUGUAAUAGUUAUUAGCCUUUCUCUCUGUAACUCCUCCAUCUCCUCCACUCUCCAUUGACAGCCAUGUCUCAAUACUGUAUGGCUACAUGUAUCCACAGGAUGGUGGUAAUCCACCUCAUGUACAGUAUCGGUUAAUCUAAAGUUUAUUAUAUAUCCCUCAUGUGAUUUGUGAUGUUCAUGAAAUACAUAAAGUGAUGAUUAUAGGUAAUUGCCAGAGAGGAACUACAAUGUAAGUGUGAAUUAAUGUUGCAGUUAAACUAUUUAUUAUUUAGUGCAGGUGUAGCAACAUGCUAAAAGCCAAGAAAUUAUUUGUAAUUUAUAGAUUAACAUCACAGUAUAGAAUGGAAUAUUAAAGGUGGUUUUAAGUAGUAGGUAUUUUGAAAAUCAAAUGCUGAAUAACC